UAUUAUCAACUAUUGUAUUAAUUCAUACGCAAAUGGCUAAGUGCACUAGAACUUGCGAUAAAGUUUAUCACAAUUCAAAGUUACUUUUUACAAAUACUGUCUGGUCAAUGUAAAACAUGGAAAAAAUGAAGCUCCAUUUAGUCGAUAUUCUUCCCCAAUUUGCAGCCUCGUUUGUUGCCACUUUAAGCUCAAUUUCGGAUGGAAUGCACUACGCUUGGUCAGCUCCAGUUCUCCCACUACUUCGUGAAGAAACAAGUCCAGUAACAAUCACCAAAAUUGACGAGAUUUGGUUUGAAGGCUCUUACUUGAUUUCUGGUUUACUAGGACUUCCAAUUACCGUCUAUUUGGUUGACAAAAUCGGACGUAAAAAGGCAAUUUUGACGGCAUCUGCCACAAGUUUGGUGUCUUGGAUUUUAAUCGGUUCGUCCAGACAUGUUGCACAGUUGUAUUGUGGACGAAUUUUGGCUGGAGCGUCUGGAGAUAUGGCCUAUGUGGCAAUACCGAUGUAUCUUUCGGAAAUUUCAAACGAAAAGUAUCGUGGCUUAUUGACGAGUUAUGAUUUCAAUAUGGUUCUAGUUGGGACUUUGUUGAUUUCUGCAGUUGCUCCUUUUACUCCUUACUACGUCCCUGCAGUGAUUGGAGUAAUUUUGUUGGCCCUCCAGUUAGCUAUCUCCCCUCUAAUGCCAGAAUCUCCGUACUUUCUUUUGAGUAAAAACAGAGCCGAAGAGGCUAAAACAGCCCUAGAAAAACUUCGAGCAAAUCAGGCUAAUAUCGAUGACGAAUUUAACGAAAUUGCAGAAGCAGUUCAAAAACAAAACACCCAGAAAGGAAAAUACACAGAUUUGUUCCUAGUCAAGAGUAACAGAAGAGCCGUCACUAUUAUCACAGUCCUCAUUCUUUGCCAGUUCUUCAGCGGUUUCAGUGCAGUUGUUAUGAACCUUCACACAAUUUUGGAUGAAGCAGAUUCUGGGGAUGUCAUCAACGUGGAAAAAUACGGAAUCAUAUUUUACUCUCUUAUGGUACUUUCUGCCACUUUCUGCUGCCUAACUGUUGAUAAGUUCGGUAAAAAAAUACUUCUAAUCGUUUCAAGUGUCCUCACAGGGGUUUGCUUACUGAUAAUUUCAAUUUAUUUCAAUUUACAAAAAUUCGGAGUUGAUGUUAAAAGUGUGUCGUGGAUUCCGGCUUAUGCACUUAUGGGGUACGCAGUUGCGUUUAAAAUCGGAAUGGGGUUUUUGCCACAAGUUAUCGUGUCUGAGUUGUUCCCAAAUAAUGUUAAAGCUUUUGGCAUGACUUAUGGCGAUUUCUUGUUUAUUGUAUUUAGUUUUGUUUCGCUUAUUUUUUACCAGUAUCUUAAUUACUUUUAUGGUCAUUAUGUUCCGCUUUAUACUUUCACCGUUGUUGCUUUUCUCGGAGCGGUUUUCACGUAUUAUUUUGUGCCGGAGACUAAAGGCAAAACGUUGGAUCAGAUACAAACGAUGCUUCAAGAGAUGUAAAAAAUAUGUAAUUUCGUGUUUUAUUUUUUUAAUCAUAAGUUGACAAUAUUAAGUUCAAUUGUAAUUAGUUACAUAUAUUUUUUUGUUUGCAGGAAAAAAUAUUUAUUUAGGUACUUAAAACAAACUUAAACAUACAAGUAAAUA